AUGGAGAAUACCCAUCAGCAUGAGACUGCUGUGGCUGCUCGAACAUUUGUCCUGCAUGAACCCGACGGUCAUGAUAGAGUUCGGCCAGCUUACGCAGGCGACUUUUGGCGCGAAUGGUCCUCUGUGUAUCGAGAUAGACGGGUUCGUUUAUCCGUGGACCAGAAGAGGCUCUUUGAAAGGCUCUUCCGCGUGCACCGAGAAAUCAAUCAGCUAUCCCCAAUCGCAGAACGUGUUCGCGUGGAGAUCAAUAUGUCACGCCCUGUAGACCCCGUCGAAAUGCGUCGGAUCUACGCAAUUCGCUGCCAAGAGACCGGAUCAUCUGAAAACGCAAAGCGGCUGAAGCAGCUUUUCCGGCUCCACGAUCUUAAUAAAGAAAUGAAUGACCUCCUCUGGAGCCUCGAAGGAAGUUUGUUCGUUCCUUUGGACAGUCCGGUUCAAACUAUCAACGUUGCGAUUGUGCGGUCACUUCCCGCACAGAUUCCUCGCCUGUGGGCGGUGAUCAUCGGCAUCAACAACUAUCGGCAUGAGCGUCAACUCAAGGGAGCCGUCUCAGAUGCUCAUUCCGUACAAUCCUACUUGAGGCGCACUCUCAAUGUCCCCCGAGAGCAGAUCGCUAUGCUUAUUGACGAAGACGCUACGCGUGAGCGGAUCCUAGGAACCCUAUACGACCAUCUACGCGACAACAGGAGAAUCAAGCGCGGUGACGCUAUUCUCAUUCAUUUCUCUGGCCAUGGAGCCACAUACAACACGCCUGCAGGACCCAUGGAGGCCAUCACUCCUGUCGAUCGAUAUGAGCGGACGGAUAGCGGAUGUGUCCUCGACAUUAGCGAUCGCGAGCUCGGCCUAUUUCUGGGGGAGUUGUGCCGAGAAAAGGGAAAGAACAUUACCGUUGUUCUUGAUUGUUGUUUCUCCGGCGGUGCUACGCGGUCCGCUUCCACCUCUGAGGGGAUGAGCAUGCGCGCUAUAAACCCACUCCCAAUUCCUUAUUUGGAUCUGCUCUGUGCUGCUGAGAACAAUCCGCGAAAACGCUGGGCCCGUGGCUCCACGAGCGACGGCCGCUACAAGCACGACCCGUCGACGCAUGUCCUCCUAGCUGCUUGCCAGGACUACGAACAAGCUCAGGACCUUCCGCAGGGAGGAGCGUUCACCAUAGCGCUUAUCAGACAGCUGUGCUCCAUCUCGUUGAGCACUACCACUUAUACACAGCUCAUAAUGGGCAUCACGGGAUUGAGACGUCAGCAGCCUUUGGUCGCAGGGAGACACCGGGAUAGUAUUAUCUUCCGGAUCGGCCACGAUGCAGCGGCGGGAAUACGAGCCCUCCUCGCAUGA